AUGAAUAAAGAAAACAACAGAGGUGCUGCUGGUUUGCGCCGCUCAGCAAUAGCAGAAAGGAUCCGAUUAAGAGAAGAAUGGUCUGCACUGAAGGAAGUUGACGAAGCAGGAACAUCACAGAAUAUUCUAAAGAAGAAAACCAUAAACUCUAGCUGUAUUCCUAGUACUUCUAAUAAGAAGAAACCAAUGAUGACAACCAAUAACAAUCAACGCUAUCCUUUUCAGACCCAUCAACCAAUGCUGGUAACCAGUGAUGCGUUAACAGGAGUUGUAGCACUAGUGGAAGUUGGCUCGGAAUCUCGAGCACUGCCUCUCCGUGCUGCACUAACUGCACUUGGAGCUACGAUUACUCUAGCCUGGAGUCCACUGGUCACACAUCUUAUUUGGACUGAAAGCGGUAGCCGCGCGUUGCGUGCACGUGCACGUGCAUUAGCGUGCAAGGUGGUGUCCCCGCUGUGGGUGGAGGCGUGUGCAGCCGCCGCUCGUAAGUUGCGCGAGAACAUGUUCCCCGUCGCCUCCCGACAGUCUGAUCUGCCGUCUCCGAGAAAACUGAGGGUGUUGCUUAAAAAAGCCGAAAGUGAGAACAUACCAUUAGCAGAUCUCCUCUCUGACAGCAAAGAAGAAGAGAAGGAGAUGCCUCGUUUGAGGUUAAAGAUAUCUUCAGGCACGGACACCAGCCGUGAUAAAACUACAGACACGUCUUACGACAGCACAGAACUUGAGUCUCGCGUCAACACAGCACCACGGCGUGGUAUGACUACAGAACCAUCCACUCGUCCGCUUGCAGCUUCAUCACCCAACAAGCAACCUACCAAGUCCAGGAGAAAACUGUUCACGCAUAAAGAGGCCCAGGAGUUGAGUUCUGAUGAAAAUUCAGACACCACAGUCCGUAACAAAUUACACCAAAGUAAGUUAACCCAAAGUGAGAAAAGAGACUUGGCUCGUGCAGAACGUAUGGCGAAGAAACUGUUAUCGGCGUGUCAUAUACAACGUACUAAUAAUAAUAAAGUGGUGCCUAAACAACACGGACUUAACCCCAGAAUUGUUCUAACAGGUAUGUCUCGGGUAGAAAGGCAGGCGGUGACGAAGUUCAUUCAGCAGCUAGGCGGUGUUAUCCAAAAUGGCGUUAAUAAGAAAACAACUCAUGUACUACUGGGCUCUUGUACAGAGAAUAUGCUGUGUGAAAACCACGCUUCGAAUAUAACAGGUAUAUCGUCCCACUGCGACUUGAGCAAGUCGUCGUGCUGGUCGGCCCCCCCGGCCCGCUCGGCGCGGACGCUGAGCGCGCUGUGCGGCGCGGCGCGGGGCGCGCGCGUGCUGGCGCCGCGCUGGGCCGCCGACAGCGCCGCGCGGGGCCGCUGGGCGCACCACCACCCCUACGAGGUGCAGCAUCUGAGGAAGAUCGCACAGAAAGCACGCGUCGAGCGAUCAGCUUUAGGCCUUCUGAACUCUGAAUACGCAUACGACGUAUUCAACGGUAUACGCGUUCAAAUCUCACAAGACGCAGACAACAGAGACGCUGCCAUACAACUGCUAAAGCUGUGCGGCGCUGUUGUACAAGAUGGUGGACAAGAUGGCGCCCAAACCGUUCUACAAAAUGGCCGACACAUUGACGGGGAAAAUGACAUUGUGAUUGGAAAUAAUGUCGGGGAAGUGAAUUCUAAGUGGGUGUUUGAUAGUGUCGCUGUAGCGAGAAUGAGAACGACCAGGAGAUAUGUAAAUAUGAAUAGUUUUACGGAGUUUGAGAGGGAAAAUAGGUGA